AGCGUCAACAAAAUCCCGGAACCGCCCGGACCCUCCCCCAACGAAUAAUGCAGAACAGUCUUAUCGCGGCCCGCAUGCGCAACAGGACCUCCUUCAACCACUCAGCGAGCGAAUGAGGCGUUGCUGCGUAUAUACGUAGGGUCACGUGAGGUAGUGGCGGGCUCUUCUGAAACCAGAGGCGUACAGGCCCGUUGUUGGGGGAGACUUUGGAGGGGAGUUGGUGUUUAUCGCCCCCUUGCCCCCAUCUUUCCCGGUGCAGAAAGGACGCCGCAGAGGUGGGCUUGUCGUUCCUGGGCCACCUGACAAGGAACAUUGACAGAAUACUUUGUGCCAUGGCCAUGCAAAUGCAGUGUGAUGAAAGUGCAGAUUUGUCAACAGAUGAGGGAAGCUUUGGUCCUCAACCCAUUUCACGGCUGGAGCAAUGCAGUAUAAAUGCAAAUGAUGUGAAGAAAUUAGAAGAAGCUGGAUUUCACACUGUUGAAGCUGUUGCUUAUGCACCAAAGAAAGAGUUGCUCAAUAUUAAAGGCAUUAGUGAAGCUAAAGCUGACAAAAUCUUGGCAGAAGCAGCAAAAUUGGUUCCAAUGGGCUUCACCACAGCAACAGAGUUUCAUCAGCGGAGGUCAGAGAUCAUUCAGAUCACCACUGGGUCCAAAGAACUUGACAAGCUCCUUCAAGGAGGAAUAGAAACUGGGUCUAUAACAGAGAUGUUUGGAGAAUUCCGCACAGGAAAGACUCAGUUGUGUCACACGCUGGCAGUAACCUGCCAGCUUCCCAUUGAUCGAGGUGGUGGUGAAGGGAAAGCCAUGUAUAUUGACACGGAGGGCACUUUCCGUCCAGAGCGCUUGCUUGCUGUGGCUGAAAGGUAUGGCUUAUCCGGCAGCGAUGUGCUCGAUAAUGUGGCAUAUGCUCGAGGUUUUAAUACAGACCAUCAGACGCAGCUCUUAUACCAAGCAUCUGCUAUGAUGACAGAAUCAAGGUAUGCUUUGCUGAUUGUGGACAGUGCCACAGCCCUUUACCGGACAGAUUAUUCUGGCCGAGGUGAAUUGUCAGCCAGACAGAUGCAUUUAGCCAGAUUUCUGCGCAUGCUUCUUCGACUUGCAGAUGAGUUUGGUGUGGCAGUAGUGAUUACGAACCAGGUGGUAGCCCAAGUAGAUGGAGCAGCAAUGUUUGCUGCAGAUCCCAAGAAACCUAUUGGAGGGAACAUCAUUGCACAUGCUUCAACCACCAGAUUGUACCUGAGGAAAGGUCGGGGUGAAACAAGGAUAUGUAAAAUCUAUGAUUCACCUUGUCUUCCUGAAGCAGAAGCUAUGUUUGCUAUUAAUGCUGAUGGAGUGGGAGAUGCUAAAGAUUGAGUGACCCAGCAUGUCUGCCUAAUAAGAAUGGACUAAUCAAAAGCAGCUGUGCUUCUGCUGAUGAUUCUCCUGCUCAAGUUUUGCUCUGACUGGACAUCUGAUCCUCCAUUUUGGAAUUGCUAUAUUUAACUUCAAAAUAAUUUUUAAAAACCUUGGACCUCUUGUCCUGUUGACACACACCUCCUUCUGAUGCAUUUUGCUGAAUUGAAUUCUUUCAUUCUUAAUGCUGUAGUAUGGCAAGAACUCUAAGAAAUGCCCUAUUUGCCAAGUCUAUGCAGGACUGAUGGCUACAUAAAGAGUGAAAUCCUGAACUUUUGCCUGACUUAAGUUAGAUGCUUAAAACUAUGAAACAAGUGCAGAAGACUGGCAUGUUAAGGAUUGGGGAAAGAUUCUUGUAGAGGUUGAGAGUGCAUUGCAUCUAAAUUAUUAUUUUGUUUGUUUUGAAUCUGUUUAGCAUUGGCAGAAUCUGAGGCAAAGAAGCUUUGACAAUAAUUCUGAAGUUCAAGCAGCUUCUAGUUCACAUUAGAGACUUUUCUGUUGAAAUUGUGAACAGAAAAGUUUUUGAACUGUAACUUCAGAACUGAAAUUAUCAAUUGAAACUUUAUUUUUCUAAAUAUAUCUUCUAAAUUAAUACAGUCAUUGUCUUAUCCCCAAAAAGUUAGGCAUUGGGUUACUGUUGUGAUAAAAAUUGUAGAUGUGUUUCUGACAGCAUUGGUGAGGUGCUGCCUGUAAAUAUUUCCAAGGCACCUUGAUUGUGCUAACAUUUAAAACUGAUUAAAGUAUCUUAUACCCACA